GGCUCACUCCUCUAGUUUCCUGAGCAGUUUUAGCCAAAGCUUUCAGUGCAGGGUGAACUGUGUGGUUGCAGCCAAGAAGGCAGCUGGGAAAUGCCCAGACUGAGCUAUUGUGUGCUGCAGUCCCUGCCCCUCUGUCUCCAUGACAGGAAUUUUAAUUCAGGUGUCUUGAGACCAUUUGAGCAGUGGAAAACCACAACUUGCUCCUAGGAUCCUGUCAACUCAUUCCUGACUGCAUAGGACCAAUCUCCCUAGUCUAGCCAGUUAGAGCUGGCCAGAGUGGUUUGAAGAAAUGAAGCCAUUUCCUCAGGUUGUAUCCAGAGUUUUCACUGUGGGAAGGAGUUAAAUCUUACAGGAAGACCCAGCACAGCCUGGCCUGGAUUAUACCAAAACUGAGAUGUGGAGUGACUCCUAACCAAGUUGUCAGGAGGACAUGGAACAUGCUGGAGCUUGAGGAAUCCUGUGUCCUAUCUGCUCUAUGGAAGUCUAGAGUAAAGGACACAGACACACUUCUUCCCUCCCCGCUGGCCUGAACAGCGGCUGCCUGUGAGGACCUCACAGCCUGAGUCCCAGGAGCUGCCAGUGGUUGACCGCCGGAAGGAUGUCCAGCCAAGACCUGAGCAUCACUGCGAAACUCAUCAAUGGAGGUGUGGCAGGACUCGUGGGCGUGACCUGUGUGUUUCCCAUUGACCUUGCCAAGACCCGACUGCAGAACCAGCAGGGCAAAGAUGUGUAUAAAGGAAUGACAGAUUGCCUGAUGAAGACGGCACGUGCUGAGGGCUUCUUGGGAAUGUACCGAGGGGCCGCGGUAAACCUCACCCUGGUCACUCCAGAGAAGGCGAUCAAGCUGGCAGCCAAUGACUUCUUGCGACAGCUGCUCAUGCAGGAUGGGACGAAGCAGAACCUGAAGAUGGAGAUGCUGGCAGGGUGUGGGGCUGGAAUAUGCCAGGUGGUGGUUACCUGUCCCAUGGAAAUGCUCAAGAUUCAGCUGCAGGAUGCUGGCCGCUUAGCUGUCAGUCAUCAGGGCUCCGCCUCAGCAGCGCCCACCUCGCGGCCCUACAGCACUGGUUCGGCCUCCACCCACAGGCGGCCCUCUGCUACCCUCAUCGCGCGGGAGCUGCUCGGCACUCAGGGGCUGUCUGGGCUCUACAGGGGCCUGGGUGCCACUCUCCUCAGAGACAUUCCCUUCUCCAUCAUCUAUUUCCCCUUGUUUGCGAACCUGAACCGGCUUGGGGUCAGCGAGGUCACCGGGAAGGCCCCCUUCGCACACUCCUUCGCCGCAGGCUGCGCAGCAGGUUCUGUGGCCGCGGUAGCUGUCACCCCUCUGGACGUUCUGAAGACUCGAAUCCAGACCCUCAAGAAAGGCCUGGGAGAGGACACCUACGGUGGGGUCACUGACUGUGCCAGGAAACUGUGGACACAGGAGGGAGCGGCCGCCUUCAUGAAAGGAGCAGGCUGCCGGGCCCUGGUCAUAGCCCCCCUGUUUGGGAUCGCCCAGGGCAUUUACUUCAUUGGUAUUGGAGAACGCAUCUUAAAGUGCCUUGAGUAAUCUGUGUCCCUCACUUACUUCCAACACUGGCCCUGCACUUGGGACCAGGUGCUGGUGCUGGGAGCAUAAGAUGCCCACCCUGUGUACAUGGUCUCUAACUUGUAGUGCUACCUCAGAAGAAAUGACCCAUUUUACUAAGCGAGUAGAGCCCUCACUUCCCUUUAUGAAAGCUAGGCUGUGGUACAGCUUACCAGGGGCAUGGAAGCCCCAACCACCUGUUUAGCAAUAGAAACAGCCUUGGUGUGUAAGGCAGGACCAGGCCCAGUAAGUAAGGAUGGGAGUUCACUAACAUAUCCACUGUAGGUAGGCACAGCACAGCUGUGUCAACAUGAGGACUUAGUGUUAAUCCUAGCACUGAUGCUGUGACAUCAGAAGUGCACCUGGGCUCAACCAUGUGCCCUCCUGAACAUCAUAAUGGUCAAAUGAACCUGAAUGGGCAGCUGUCCUACUCAUGGGCCCAGAUCCCUCCUAGUGGGUGCCUAUGGAACAUGAUCAAUGAUAAAGCCAGCUAAAUCCUUGUCCUGUAAUCAGCACAGCAGACGACCGACAAGGAAUGUCAAGCUGUGGCUUCUGGGUUCCCACAGAGGACAUCAGGCCCCAAGAAAACAAUCCUGUCCCCGCCCCGCUCCUCCCAAGACAGGGUUCCUGUGUGUAACAGCCCUGACUGUCCUGGAACUCAUUCUGUAGACCAGGUUGGCCUAAAACUCAGAUAUCUGCCUGCCUCUGCUUCCUGAGUGCUGGGAAUAAAGGCCUGUGCAAUCCUGUUUUUACAAAAACCAGGCUGGGGUCACAGCUCAGUUGGUAGAGUGUAUAGCAUGUUCAAGUCCUGGGUGCCACUCACAGCACCUCAUAAACUGGAUAUGGUGGCAUGUGUCUCUAAUCCUAAUCUUAGGAGGUAGAGGCAGGAGGAUAGGAAAGUGAAAGGCAUCAUCUGUCAAUAAGCAAGUUCUAGGCCAACCUCGAAUGCAUACAAUUACCAGCAAAACCAAAACAUCAACAGAGAAGAACCUGACUUAAAUCUUGUUCUGGGGGCAGAUAAUCAUCUGAAUGGCUUCAUUCUCUGUAAGAUGACAGCCAAGACCCCACUGCAGGGUCGUAGACAACUCUGUGCAUUCACCUAAGGACAAACCUAAGGACAAAGGAGAGCACAGAUGGUGGCCGGGAAAGGGUCUGUACUAAUUAAUGCAAAGCUGCCUCCCUCCCUCGCUUCCUCCAAAACUUGGGCUCUUUUCAUUUUGUCUGGAUAAAACUGUUUCAACAAAGAUGCAUGGACCAUAGGUUGGGGGGGCGUGGCUCAGUGUACAGUCUAUGCUUACUGUGUGAGGCCCUGGGGUCCACUCUGAGCCCAAGUGCACACAUACAAAGCUGUCCACACUCUGGGGCAGGUAUACUGAAUACUUGUGUAUGGUGUCCAUUUGGUCACAGGGCUACAGGAAGGUCUAAUAAACUAUCAAUACCACAGGAA